UUCUUGUCCUCGUGGUCAGUUUCGUCGUUCCUUCAGCGUUGUUCACAUGACCAGCUUGUUUGACCCCAUGACCACCGCUUCGCAUUCGAAUUCUCCCACUCUGGACAUGCUCGAUGGGGCCUUAGAUCCAGACAAAUCAUCCCUUCACGACCAAAAAUCAAACGAACAAGUUCAAGUUUCCCCAGAACCUGAAACUGUGACAGUAACUAUAUCCGCUGCUGGGGAAGAACACACCAUCGUCGGACAACAACCAACUGCGGCCUUCGCGGCAGAUCCAAACACAAUCCAAUUCCAGUACCGUACUGACGCAAAUGGCCAAGUCCAAGGCACCGGAUUCGAUGGUGGAAGCCAACAGAUCAGAGUUGUCCAUGUUCAGAGCGCGGACCCUAACUCGGAGCGAAGCGAGACUCCGACGAAUUUCGCUUCGCAAGGAUCGCAGGUUCAAACCGUAAUUCAGAGUCCUUUUAGCAAUGGCUCCAGUCCCACACACCACGGCGACUCGGACUCUACCGAUGCGAACCGUUUCACAUAUUUCCACUCGCAAAGCGAUGGCACUGCUGGGGCUAGCGUUGUGCAAGCCGGGCACGGAGAUUCCCUCGAUUCCGGCAACACAUAUGCCGUUCGUGUCCCUGUCUCUUUGAACGCGCAGCCCUCAUCGCCAUCUUCUCAUCUCCCAGGAACAAUCACAAUGGCCGCCGAGGCACAAACCAUAACAACUGUUGGAACCGCAACAGGAGGAUUUUACGUUAUGAUGUCUCCUCAAGAUGUCAUGCAAAGCGGACCCGGGGCUCAACGUAGUAUCGCGCCAAGGACUCAUCAACUCGGGAGCAAACUUGAGGGACCAAGAGGUGCAAGAGAUGAGAAGCGUAGAGCAACACACAAUGAAGUUGAAAGGCGGAGAAGAGAUAAGAUCAAUGGCUGGAUAACAAAGCUUGCUAAGGUGGUCCCAGACUGCUCUAGUGACCAAACAAAGACUGGACAGGUAGAGAUGACAUCUCAGAGCAAAGGAGGCAUUCUUGCCAAAACUGUUGACUACAUCACAGAUCUCCGAGCAGCAAAUGCAAGAAUGGCAGAGACCAUCAAGGAUAGUGAACAGCUGGCCAUAGAUAAUGAGCUACUGAGGCAACAAAACGAAGAAGUGAGACAAGAAAACGCAAUGCUUCGGGCUCAGUUACAACAACAUGGAGUUCUUGGCUGAUGGAUGGGUGAUGCAGCUGUAGUCAGCGGCGAAGUCGAGCGCUCUGUUUAGGAGUUCUUGGCUGAUGGAUGGGUGAUGCAGUCGUAGUCAGCGGCGAAGUCGAGCGCUCUGUUUAGGAGUUCUUGGCUGAUGGAUGGGUGAUGCAGCCAUAGUCAGCGGCGAAGUCGAGGGCUCUGUUUAGGAGUUCUUGGCUGAUGGAUGGGUGAUGCAGUCGUGGUCAGCGGCGAAGUCGAGCGCUCUGUUUAGGAGUUCUUGGCUGAUGGAUGGGUGAUGCAGUCGUAGUCAGCGGCGAAGUCGAGGGCUCCAUGAAAUAAUGUGUUCUAUGUUGUUGUCUUUAAGGCUCCGGUCGAGUUUCUGUGUUUAGCGUGUCGGAAUGAGGCGGUGUGGUUUCUAUAUCUUGUCUUGAAUUCGUUCUCGGUUAGUCCUACGUAGGUUUCGGAGGUGUUGUUGUCCUUUCUUGUUACAGUAGCUUGGUAGAUAACGGAUGAUAUAUAUAUAUAUAGAUAUAGAUAGAUACAUAGAAAUAAUGCUUUGACAACAGUUCUGUGGAACAUAAUUGCUUAGAGUUCUUUACUCAGUGUAAUGUGCGAGACACCAGCCAUUGGAGUACUUCUUUCAGUUCAUAAAGUAAUAAUAGAGUGACAAGUAAAAAGUCUGUAGUUGUUAGCUUGGUUUUCACUGGAACACAAGCAAGAAAGCACAACUUUUUAUUUUCUUCCACUUGUGUUUGGUUAUUCCUUGUGUUGGGCUUAUGCGUAUGUCCUAGUGGGAACCAUGAGAACAAACCUUAUGUUGCUAUGAAUAUAGUUACUGCUAUAAAUGCAGUUGCUGUUUAGCAAGUAUUUAUGAUGGAUUUUACCUCCAUCUUGUCCAUUUUAGAUUAUCAUAUUUCAUUAGUGUUCCCUGAUUUCAACAUCUGAAAAAAGAAAACUACUACAGAUAAAAGGACUUUUCAUUAUGAUAGUAAAGAAAUCUAGUGUAUAUUUUUUGGAUAGUAUAAUGUGAAUAUAUAGACUAUAUGCUUACGCCAAGUAUCUUUUAUUCCUUGUAUAUAAAUAUUACUGUAAACCCUCGCUGGACAUUUCUAUUUCACUUAUCUAAAACUUGUUCCACAUGACAAAUGUCCAUGGACUUAAUCUUUUUACCUCAGUUGUACAAGGCAGAUCAUGUCCUGAUAAAUCCAUGCCCUGGUUGUCCAUAACAAAUUUGUCUAUCCUUUAACAAGGAAAUCGAGCUAAAUGUAACCCAAAUAAAGCUCGAAAGUGUAAACCAGGCUAAAUUUUGGAAAUUAAUACUUCCACUUGCUAGUAGUCUUAGCUGUCAACUAGCGCUUAGGGGUGAUGUUACAUCAGAUGUGUUAUCCCCCUAUUUUCAAGAUUGCUAAACUGAGAUGAGGUAAAAAAUAAAAUAAUUUAUGUUCAUAUGUAUUUCUUUUAUUAGUAUAUCAUUAUGUGUAGUGAUUAGAAAUCCUUAUACUUUAGUAAAUGAGUCUGUUGAUCUUCUUUCUAAAGCCGAUGAGAUGUGAUUUGUACUUAUCAAAUAAAGAAAUAAAUUAAAAAAAUGUUAAAUAUU